AGCAUCGUUAAAUUCGUCGGCGAUCGAUAGCCGCCACCGGGAUACCUCUAUCGGCGGACGUGUAAUCGCGCUUUGCUUCCCACGUGACCGCGGAUUAAUGGAAUUUCGAGGCUGAGUCGAAACCCAGCGCCGUUCGAGCUGUUCCUUUUAAUUGCAGCCUGAUUAAACAAGCGGCAAAUGGAAUCGCGGAAUUCGUUUGGGAACUCUUCUCCUUCUUUUUUCCCUUCGUCAGCAGUCUCGUUCUUGCGGUUGAGCAUAGUUUCGUUACCGGAUCGUCGAAUUUCUCCUUUGUUUCCGCGAUAACGGCCUUUCAUCGAGUUUCGGCUGAACCGCGAUGGAAACGAAGCGGCCAAAGUUCGUUCGAAAUGAAAUCAACGGCACGCUCGGGCAGAUCGGAAUUCGAGCGACGUUCCCAAAGACGAUCGUUAGCUAUCGUUCGCCCAGGGAAAAAGUUUUUAUGAAUUUGCGAGUCCGUUCGAAACGCGGACAAAGCAUCGGCCAUUGCAAAAAUAACGUUGUUUACCGAUGCUACUCGACCGUUGUGGCUGAAACGUAAACUAGGCCAUCGACAAUUGCAAAUUUCUUUUACUCCGGUCGCAAGGUUAUCUGCGAUGUUCCGUAUCUCAAUCCAGCUACCCGAUCUCUUUAUUCGACGUUACGUAUUUCGCUUUCCAGUCGGAGAAAGAUCGAUGUGUUUCGUAUAUCCGUCAAAGCCGAAUUAUCCGGGUUCCUCGAUUAACCGUUUCGUUAAACGAGUCUUAUCUUCGUUCGUUCUAAUCGAAGGAAAAAGCUUCUUUGAUACGAAUCGUUAACGAGAAAGGAAACGUGAAAAAAAAACGAAGCGUUACGCAGCGAGAACAAUGCGCAGAAACGAAAAUUCGUUCCUACCGGAGAUAAAAGAAAUCUAAUGUCGUAGGACGAACAAUACCUUCAAUUACGAGUCGAGAAUCUGAGCGAGCGUUGAGUCAACAUUUCGAGGUCGGGGAUGCAUCGCGCGCCAUUGUUCACAGGUUCGUGCUAAUGACACAUCGUUGAAUGAUCCACGGUAAUUUCUGAGACUUUAGUCAUCGCCCGCCACCAAGCCCAUUGUUUUAUUUUCCUGUUAGCUUUUCCGUGGAAAUGAACCGCCUGCCGCGAUAAUCAACACGCUGAUAUAGCUAAGAUCAACUGUUUAGCUUGUAUCAAUUUCGGUAACUACGUAAAAUAACAUUUUCAACGCUAAAAAUUGAAACUGUAUCAUCGGUACGACUUUGAAACGCGCGGAUUCUAUUUUCCGUACACGAUUCCUGAAUCGAAUGAUCCUCAAUGAAUCAGCUGCGUCAUCGACCACGUAAUGACCGACAAAGGCCAAAAUAGCGCAUGAAACGAUUCCGUCCACGAGUUGGUUUCAAUCUUCAGGGGCAUAAAAAUCUUCGGAUAACUUUAUAUCUGGCCUAUAAAUCCGAUAUUCUCGUUAUCGUGAAAUAAACGGAAGCGCGCGUUCGUUCUCUCGACAGACAAUCGCACAGAUUCGGAUCUUUGGAAACGAUUCGGAUUCCGACGGCGCGAAUGCGCAUCGGCCGAGAAUAAAUCGAGUUAGUUGAUACAAACUUCCGAUCGAUUUGGAAUCUGCUGUCGAGGCCAAGAGGAAGAGGCUCGAUAACGCAACGAAAAACGACGCUAAUUGGAUCGUACGUGGAACGAUACGAUACGCUCGAACUGUGCUUUCAAAAUCUAGGCACGAUCGGAAUAAAAGUAAAUUCUCCACGGUGAGUCAUCGUUUUCGAACGGUUUAUGCAAUCGACGAGAAAAAGGGGUGAUCCAAGAAGUUCGUCGACCGUUUGCCCAAUUACGCGGCAAGGUAUACUCCAGUUUAAAUAUAGAACGACUCGAGCGAGGUACACAAUUGGUAUUGGACAUUCUAAAAAUACUGAGCAGUUUAUUCAAAUAAUAAUUCCGCGUAGAGAUGGCACGUCUUGCGUGGGCGGAACUGACGAGAUAAUUAUAGCGUUUGCCUUCUACCGCGUUCUUACGAGAAGAAGCGCUAUAUCACCCGAGGCAGGCAGCCGUAAAAAACGCAGCCAGCGCUGCACUUUGCAAUCGUUUACUACCUCUACAGCGCAACAAUAACAUUUUCUGCCACGCUACGAUGAGUCAAGUUACGACGUUAUGCAACGACAACCGCCGAGACCCCGUUCCCGCGGAGAGCUGCCAUAAAUAAUAACAGCAGUCCGCGAAUUAAACGAUGAAUUUUAGCCCCUAACGCUCUCGACGGUUCCCAAUUAAAUCCGAUCGUUUCAUGAUCAACACGGAACUGAUCCAAACGUAAUGGCCCUUGACGAAUUUAAGUAACAAUUUCAAAAUGAUUGUAUCUAAGGUUAAAAAUUUAUCGAGAGUCUGAUAAGUAGCGUGGGUUGAAAUUGCGUGUAUAGAGUUCCGAUCGAUCCAACAUAUCGAAGAUACUAGAUAAUUCUUCCACGGGCCAACUCUAUGAAUUCAUGAGUGCUCGAGGAUAUUAAAUUUCUUGGUAAGCAAUAAAAAGAAUUAUUGCACGGAACGACGCGGUGGUUGAAUGGAAAGCAGUAGUAUCAUAGUCUGGAAUGUUUUGAAAUAGCAUCGUCCCCACUUCUUUGCCCGUUCCGUUACCGUGUUUCCGUCCGCCUACUGCGAGACGAGAUCCGCGGUGCACGAAAAUUUUACUGCUUUUCCCUCAAACUUUUUGGCAGGCUAUCCGAACCGUGUCGAAAACAACCACAUAGUUGAGGCUCUAUGUAAUAUUCUCUCCUUAUAAUGUAUCGAGUUGGCCACUUUUUUCGCGAACAAUCGUUUUAACGCGGCAAUUUAUCGUACGGGUGUUCGAAACUCUCGAACCAUUUAAGAAGCCUCGCUGCACUCGAGAAACGUUCUAGUUUCAAUUUUACGAAGAAUAUCCAGUUUCUCGGUGGGUGCGAGUAGGAGGGCGAGAGAAGUUCGUGAAGAUUUUCGAGCGUGGCGAUCAAACGCGCUCGAGCAUUCCAAGACUGACAGGUUGACACGCGUCCUUGAGUUGGACGCGUUUUCGGGGCGCGUUGGUUAAACGUUUAACACGGAGAACCGUAGCAUUAUAGCGGCGCGAACUGGCGUCGCUUCUCCGCGCGGGAACCUGUGAAUUUCGACAGUUCGCAGGAAGGGAUGAGAGAGAGACUCUUCUCCUCCCCUUCCAUGCGUUCUAGCUGAGCUUAUAAAAGAUAUCCAGUGCGGAUAAACCAUUAGUGCGAAACAACGAAGGGACAGAGCGUCGAGGUUAUCGCCAUACAACCCACGGAAGAUGGAUGACGAACAAGUGAAAAUGCUCAGGAGAGCCUUCUCCAUGUUCGAUUCGACGAAGCAGGGACGAAUCGAGAAGGAAAAAGUGAGGACGAUCCUGAACACCCUGGGGCACACUUUCGACGAUCACGAGCUCGAAGUGCUGUUAAAACAAGAGGACGAAGAUGGCAGCGGCCAAUUAAAUUUCGAUUCGUUCUAUCGGGUGGCUAGCCACUUCCAAGAGGAGGACGACGAGGCGCUGCAGAAAGAGUUGAAAGAGGCUUUCAGGCUCUACGACAAGGAAGGCAACGGUUACAUUCCCACGACUUCUCUGCGAGAGAUCCUGAUGGCUCUGGACGAUCAGAUAACUCCGGAUCAAAUGGACGGCAUGAUCGCUGAAAUCGAUACCGACGGUUCUGGUACCGUCGACUUUGACGAAUUCAUGGAGAUGAUGACCGGCGAUUAAGCGCUUUGUCGAGGGCUCACCGUUUCGCGUGAAAGGAACUCUUGCAUUUUCUUUCUACGAUACUUCCGUUAAUCGCGGGUGAACGAGCGGUCCUUUGUCUUUCCGCGUCUUUUUCGAGGCAGAAAUUCUUCGAGGGAGAAACGCGUCGCUGGUUAAAACCCAGCUUAAACAGAAAGGAUCCCAGAGAUUUCACCGACCUCUAUCUCGCUCGUGCCAUUUGUUCCCGUGUCAUGUAUCGGAAUCGUUAAUUGAACACUCGAUUAAACGCUAUCUUUCACGAUUGCA